AUGACAAGUUUUUACAGCGCAGGCCAGUUCAUGAACCCUGGCCCUGCUCCGCGCCCUCCUACCGACCGUCCUCGAGAACUUCAACUACAGCGUUCCAACUCCGCCCUUCCCAUUUCCUCCUUUGAUGCCAUGAAUCUUGGCCCAAGUUCACCCGCCAUCAGCACCCCAAGCGCUCCGUUCUUCUCGAAUGGCAGUUCAAUAUCUCUGGCGGGGAGUGGGAAGUCCUCAGCGGCCAACAUCAUCAAGGAAGGACAUGUCCGAUGUAAAGAAGACAAGUUCCUGGCGCAAUGGAACCAAAGAUACCUUAUCCUGCGCGAAUACCGACUCGACUUCAUGAAGAGCGAGACUGGAAAAUGUAUGCAGUCGAUUCAGCUGAACACAGUGACUGGAGUGACACGUUCCGAAGAGACUCGAAUGGCCUUCGAAAUCACUCGGAUUGCCAAUCCCAAGGAUGCUGGCGGGAAAGUCGUCAUGACUCGAGAUUUGCCCACUCGAACAAUCACCUGCGAAGUGCGGAAUGAUGAUGAAAUCUACGAGUGGAUCGACAAAAUAUAUGAGCGAUGCCCUGGCAUGGGAGGCGUCAGUAACCCGACUAACUUCAGCCACCGCAUUCACGUUGGCUUUGACCCUCAAACCGGAGGAUUUGUAGGUCUGCCACAAGAAUGGGAGAAGCUGUUGAAUAGUUCUGCCAUUACCCGAGAUGACUACAAGAAGAACCCUCAGGCGGUCAUCGAGGUGCUCCAAUUCGUCUCCGACCAAAAGAUGCGUGACCAGCAUCCAGAGAUUUACACUCCCGGCAUGGUAACCCCCCCGGCGACGCAACCUAACAAACAAGUUGGUUAUCCUACGGGCGGCAAUUCAGUUGCUCCUCCGAGACCGGCACCGCCGACUGACGCACAGCGGUACAAUGCCAAUCAGUUUAUGCAUAAAUACCAGGAUAGCCAGUCCCGGUCUGGCACUCCUCCCGUAAAGCCACAACUGCAGCGAUCGCAGACCGAUAAAGCAGCGUAUGAUAUGGAAGCUGAUGCCGCCAGGAUCAAAGAAAUCGCCAACCAAGAACAAAAGCGCCGUCAAAUGGAGGCUGAGGCCAAGCGAGUACGGGAACAAGAACGAGAGACGGCCGAACGUGAGCGGAGGGAGCUGGAGGCGUAUAACGCGUCUCUCCCGAAGACUCGUCCACCCAUUGCCCAACAAGAGAUUGGAGGUUUUGGCGGAAGCGCUCAACCCAACCGACAAGAUCCCAGGUUCAACCCAGCUAGGGCAGCUCCAAGUGCUCCACAGCAAUCAUCUUCCUUGAGGCAGCAGCCGGUAGCUCACCGACCUGCCCCAUCUGCUCCUACAACCAGCGCCUCUCAGAAUUCAAUUCCACAGUCGACCUCUGCCGGUCAGGCAUCUCUUCGCGCUCCGGGCAGCCGGGAACCAGAGCGACAACCGUCCCCCAACGCACGUUAUCAAGCCGAGCGCGAUGCUCCGCGAAAGGAUGUUUUGCCUAAACCACAAGCCAAUGGGGUCAAUGGUCAAUCGCCCAGCCGAUCGCCAGGAUCGGUACAGCAACCUAAGCCCCUGAAUGUGGCAAAACAACCACAAGCCAAACCCGCCGCUGACCCGCGUAAAGAGGCGGAGAUCGCAUUGACUGCCAAGAAGCCCGUCGAAGAACGGGCAAAGGAGGUUCGCAUGUCAAGCAUGAGCGAGAACGAAGUUAUGGCGAAGCUUAAGCAGGUAGUCUCCAAAGACAACCCUAAUGAUUCUUACAGCAAACAAAAGAAAAUCGGACAGGGCGCUUCUGGCUCAGUCUAUGUCGCAAGAGUACGAGAAAGUGCGACGUCAGCUGUCGCAAGAGAGGUAUACCGUACGCAUGGACCGAAGGGUCAGGUCGCCAUUAAACAGAUGGAUCUGAGAAAUCAACCUCGAAAAGAACUAAUCGUCAAUGAGAUUAUCGUCAUGAAGGACUCGAAACACCCCAACAUUGUCAAUUUCCUAGAUUCAUUUUUGCAAGAACAGAACAAUGAGCUGUGGGUGGUGAUGGAGUUUAUGGAGGGAGGCGCUCUCACCGACAUCAUUGACAAUAACCCGGUCAUCACAGAAGAUCAGAUUUCCACGAUCUGCUUCGAAACCUGCAAAGGCCUCGCUCAUCUGCAUUCUCAGGACAUUAUCCACCGAGACAUCAAGAGUGACAAUGUGUUGCUCGACCGUGUCGGUAAUGUCAAGAUCACUGAUUUCGGAUUUUGUGCCAAGCUUACAGAGUCCAAGAGCAAGCGUGCAACAAUGGUGGGCACACCAUACUGGAUGGCACCUGAAGUUGUCAAGCAAAAGGAGUAUGGUCCCAAGGUGGACAUCUGGUCCCUUGGGAUCAUGGCCAUCGAAAUGAUCGAAUCGGAACCCCCUUAUCUUAAUGAAGAGCCGCUGAAGGCCCUGUUCCUAAUCGCGACCAAUGGAACGCCGAGACUCAAGAAUCCUAACAAGCUGUCUCGAGAACUCAAAGCUUUCCUGAGCGUCUGCCUCUGUGUCGAUGUUAGAAGCCGCGCCAGUGCAGACGAGCUACUACGGAACGACUUUAUGCGCAUGGGUUGCAGUCUAGCAAGCCUGAGCGAACUAUUGAAAUGGAGAGAAAAGGGACGGCAAUAA